AUGGGUUCAUCCACUGCUCUAGAAAAACUACAACGAGAGCUACAGAUCGAAGCCAACGAUCUCAGUGAACUUCAAAAAGGCGAUUACAUAAUUAUGUACAUAUGCACUUCUUCAGAUAUAUUAAAGAACCACCAAGUGAGAAAGAAGUACACCAUUCAGUUGGGUGAGAACGAGCUUGCCCUCAAGUUGAAUUCAUUGAAUGAAGAUACGAAUUUGUGCAUAUUGGAAGGACCGGUGUUUGUGAGGCAGGAUUUAGCAGAGGCGAAUGCGACUGUUCGCAAGAGAAUUGAGUACAUCGCUGCUGAAUUGGAACGCAUGGAUGCAAUUCUUCAAGAUUUGGAAGAAAAACAAAAUAGCAAGAAAGAUGUGAUUUUGAAGUUACAACAAGGAAUUCAAUCACUCUAUGCUGGAAAAGCCAAGACAUAA